AUUUUAAAUGAGUCUGUGUACAGUGUGAGACUUGCAGCCAGGAUCGUUGAUACCCCAGCUAAUGAGAUGCAUACAGAUUCUUUCAUUGAGAUGGCUCAGAAUGUAGGUCAGUCCCUGGGCAUCAAGCCUGUGGUUAUCCAAGGAGAAGAACUUGCCACAAAAGGCUUUGGUGGUAUAUAUGGUGUGGGGAAAGCAGCUGUUCAUGCUCCAGCCUUGGUGGUGCUGUCUCAUACACCUUCGGGAGCAACUGAGAAUGUGGCCUGGGUUGGCAAGGGAAUUGUCUAUGACACAGGUGGCCUUAGCAUCAAGACCAAGACCAGCAUGCCAGGCAUGAAGAGGGACUGUGGUGGAGCUGCAGCCAUUCUUGGAGCUUUUUACCUGGCUGUCCAAGCUGGGUACUCCCAGAAUCUGCAUGCUAUCUUUUGUUUGGCUGAGAAUGCUGUUGGACCAACUGCAACAAAGCCAGAUGAUAUUCACACACUUUACUCAGGAAGAACUGUAGAAAUAAAUAACACCGAUGCCGAGGGUCGGCUUGUCCUUAGUGAUGGUGUAGCAUAUGCAGCUAAAGAUUUGCGAUGCACAACCAUUUUGGACAUGGCUACACUUACUGGUGCACAGGGUACUGCAACAGGGAAGUACCAUGCAGCAGCACUUACCAAUAACCAGGAAUGGGAAGAUGCUCUUGUUGCUGCUGGCCAGACCUCUGGAGAUUUGGUUCAUCCAUUGCCAUACUCACCGGAAUUACACUUCGCUGAGUUUGCAUCUGCUGUUGCCGACAUGAAGAAUUCAGUGGCAGACCGAACAAAUGCCACCUCUUCAUGCGCUGGCCUCUUCAUCGCUGCUCAUCUAGGAUUUGACUUUCCGGGCAAUUGGAUGCAUGUUGAUAUGGCAUAUCCAGUGCACUGUGGUGAGCGUGCUACAGGGUAUGGAGUAGCAUUGCUGCCAGUGCUGUUUGGACAUCACUCAAAAAGCAGGAUUUUCCGCAGUUUAGCGCCUCUGUCAUCCGAAAAUGGAGAAUGUGAAGUUAACUGUAAAGCCUCCAAGAAGAUGAGGCUAGCAUAAAGAAGACGGGUAGAGUUCAGAAUUGGUUGCUAGAGGUACUGAUAAUCCAGAAUUCAGUGCUGUUACUAAAGUUCCCAUGUCUUGUAUCAUCGCUGCCAUAGUAUGAAUUUGUAAGCAAAGUUUUGUACUAUCAUGACUACAACUUAACUGAUUUGAGAGAGAAUUGUGUGUAAGGUGUUUGGAUAUUGUAAAAUGAAUGUAAAGGCAGAUAUAAAUAGAAUUUUACUACAACAUUCAUUUACUCAUAAACAUGUAUCCAAGUUGCUUAUUUUUUUUCAUUUAUACAUAUAAAUAUGAGUUUGAUAAAACCAGUAAGAUUGGGCAUUUCUGUGUAGAAAGCUCAUGAAAUAUCUAGAAAUUCUUGAAAGUGUUUUAGUUUCAGUCACACUUGUUUUUCUCGCUAAUAGUAUCCAUUAUUGCCCAGUGUAUGCCCAGUGGCUGCUAGAAUUUCUGAUGAUUUUGUCACAUGAAAAGUGGCACAUUGCAAUACUCUUUUACUUGAAAGACAUGAGUGUCUAUAAGUGCAUAUCUGCUGUCAGUUUUUAAACUGUUUACUGGUAUGAUUUGUCAGGUUUGGUAUUUCUGGGGAUCUUAAACACAGAAAAGGCUGUAGUUAUAAAAGCUUUCUGUAUUGAUCAGUGAUAAUUUUGUUUAUCUAAUUGUUGAAGGUAUUUUUCUCAUAUAUUCCAGUUCAUUGUAUUAAAACUAGUGGCUAUUCCUGUUGCUAUUUGUCAUUAUGAGUAUCUUUAUCACUUCUGUCAUUAAUAAGGUGAUUUAUAAGAAUUACUAUUAUCAAUAUUAUUAUUAUUAUUAAUAUUAUUAAUAUUAUUAUUAUUAUUAUUAUUAUUAUUAUUAUUAAUAUUUCCUGAUAGACAGCAGACUUGUAAGUAGCUCUCCGUCCUUGGCAUGUUGUCAACAGUGCCAUACAGGCCUAACCAUUCUAAAGGGGAUUCAACAAUAUCACUACCACCGGUGUUGCUUUGUAAGACCCAACAGUGCAAAAGGUGUCACCAUGCAAGCUGUUUCUUAUUUUCAUUAGAACAGUUAAUUGUCACAGUCAUAAUAUUACCUCAAUAAAAGAUUGAUGCCCUCCGCUGUAUUUGAAUGUGCAAAAUUUGAUUCCAUAAUUGGAGCACUAAAUGUAUGAUUUCCUAGGAUUUUAAUUAGUUAGUUUUCCCAUAUAUAUGUUCCUUGAGAAGUUGGUACCAAAUCUUGUUGCUUUGUAUAUUUUAAUUGAGGGUUGAUUAUUAUUUCCAGAGUAAGCCAUUAAUAUAUACAAAUAUAAAUUUAUAUAUAUAUGUAAAUAUAUAUAUGUAUAUAUAUACAUAGACACAUACACAUACACAUAAACAAACACACACACACACACUCACAUCUGUAGAUUCUGAUUCUUUGCAGUAAUUGUCAUUUGGUCAUAGAAGUCUUCAAAUAGGUGCCUUCAGGAAUGUUAUAUUAAGUUUUAAACACUUCACUUCAGUUUUGAGAAACGUAAGGAUGUGAUUUCAUCGAUGCAUUGUGUUUGUUCCAUGCACUGUAUACAAUACCUUAUUCUCAUGAAUAGUCAUGAAUGAAGUCUCAUUAUAAUUCAUCUUUCAUCCAUCUUGCAAUCAGAAUAAGUCAAAGAAAGAUAACAUUUUGAUGCUCCAAGGAGGGAAGUAAGAGAAGUACAUAUAUAUAUUGUAGUACUUGUUCUGAACACUCAUUUUCUCAUGGCAUCACAUCUUUAGGGUUUAUUACCAUUUUGCAGAUUAAAGGUGCAAGUUGAAAAGCUGUUUGAAAUGAAAUGAUAAACUGUUUGGUUUUUAUCUUUGGGUAUUUUUUCUGGAACAGUCAUUAUAUAUGAAGUGCAGUAUUAUAAGAUUGUGUUUUUCAUAAUUUGUAGACUUUAAAGGAAAAGAUGAAAAGUUUAAGCAGUUAAGAUAGUAUUGUGUAAAUGAUAUAAAUUGUAAUGAUUUCCAAUGAUGAAAUAGAAUAUUUCUUGAA